GACCAAGAUAUCUGAGGGAGGAUUCGCAAUAUAAAGACGAAGUCGAAUUUGCCAUGCGUCGAUAAGGUUAUCGAUUUGAUGCAGACCAUUAUUACCGAUAUUAACUUCAAAUGGACCACGACGUGAGCACAGAAAAGACUGGCAAGGGUCAGCGCGACUAUCUUCAUUUCGAACCCAGGUUUCCAUGGACCUUGCCGAACCUACGGACAGCACAACCAUGGAAGAGGAGUAACGUGCCUUCUUCAGAAAAGAAGCCCAGAACCAUUUCCACCGGUGAAAGUGUGGCGUUUAUUCUCGCUUUAGCAGUUGGGAUUGCUCUUAUUGUCCUAGUAUCUGUUUUUGUUAUUUUCCGAAGGCGAUAUGGCCCGCGGUACACGGUGCGAUGCUUCGUCACUGGGAAGCGCCCAAAGAGAAAUCGACGAGCUCAAUCUACUGUGCCGAUAUCCAUCGAAUCCGGGUUCCCAUGCAGAGAAGCACACGCCAUCGACAGCCUGACGGACGCGAAGACGAAACCCCGGGAUGGCAAGUGCGUGACAGGGACAGAUAAUCCCCAUCGCAUGUCAACGCUGAGCCAGGCACAAACAGAAACCGAUGGCGGACAAUCAGUAGUGAUCGAUCCGAACCGUCCAAGUGCGCCACCACAAGACUCUCGUCCAGAGAAGACACAAACGGAAAGCAAGGGGUCUGGAAAUACUGGACACAGGAAACCACCACCACCCGCCUUGCAACGAUCCGAUCCCCGCGCAGCGACAGAGCAACUAAGGGCCCUCGCCCCAACAAGUCCUAGCUCCAGUCGAUUUACAACGAGCACUCAGUCCUCGGGCCCGUUACCAUCCAUCUAUCGUAUGGCCCUGGAAUCACGCAACCACAAACGCAAGAGCAGCAACAAUACAAACCGUUGGUCCUUUAACCAGGAUGCACGCAGUGCAGUGGACAGUGAGGACCGUGUGCUGAGUUUACCGUCGCCAUCACCUAUGCUUCGGAAUAUCCUCCGGCCCAGCCCUAAACCCGAACCGUCACCUCCGCAUGUAUAUCGGAUGAUCCAGCGACCGCCGUCGGUUCAUUGUGAUACGAGAGUACAUGAGAAUGAUGCUGUUUUGCCUAUGCUUCCACGGAGCGUUUUUGCCGUGAAUGAUCUUGUUGUAAGUAAAUAAUAUGUUGUUAUUAUCAUGCUGGAACUUUAUGUAUUAUAAUAGAACUAUACGUUAUAGCAACAGUACCUA